GUAAACAAUAGGUAGGUCUAACAUGGAUGCGGGGUGAUACAUCUCCGAAAAACAGACUUUAUUUGGAUUACACCUGCAUAACAUGAAAAACAUAACGUGAAUCACUCCAUCUCCCAGCUGCCCUGUGUGUACAGCUUCCUACUAGCUACUGCAUGAUAGCUGAUCGACCGUGCAGGGAAACUUCCCACUUUUUGAGCGUUAUGGAAGUGCUCACCAAACUGUGUUGCAGACUAGCAUACGGACAUGGAGGAACAAGCCGAGACUGCGGCGUGAAAUGUAGAUUUAUUACCACACUUGGCGUCUUCGUAUGGUGAGCAGGGCACCUGUACCUUGACAGCAUGGACAGCGGCUGGUUUAUUGGACGAGAGAAGAUUUUGUUCACAAGCGCUGAACAAGAGACAACAAUGUCAAGCUCACGCAGAGUAUUUUCAAACCCCUGCCUGACCAUCGACCUGACCAACAUGCUACGGGGAGUUAAAAGUGAUUCAGAGAAGACACCGAUUCCCAUCCGGCCUCCAGGUCCCCGGUUGUCUUCACCAAAACCCCCUGCGGUCCACGCGGCCUCUUGUGAGCCCAUGCCAAAAUCCAUCAUCCGACAACGGUCGCAGUCUCUUCCACCUGUCAAAGAGAAGAGGAGGCAAUACCGACAUAUAGGGGUACGGUUUAGUGACUCCCUGGGCCUAGACUUGGAGAAUAUCAAACUUUUUGAUUCAGGAGAGGAACCCUCUGUGCCACACCAUGUCAGCUUUAGAUUGCUUAUGGCUGCAGAAAUGGCAGAUGGAAAGCACUUGGAGAUAUCCCUGCCUUUUUUAAAGCCACUUUUUGACCAACAGCCGGGCGAUGAUCCUGCGUUCUUGCAUCGGCUCUUUAAGCGCAAAGUGUGCCUCGAGAGAGUCCUGUGUUUAGAACUCAGUGUGAUUGGAAUCGCCCAGGUGCUUAAUCUGGAUUUUGAGAAAGCUGUAACGGUCCGCUAUUCAUUUACAGAGUGGAAGAGCUGUGCAGAAACUAAGGCCUCGUGGGUGUCGACCAGCUCCAAGAUCCGUGAAGGAGGAGGUCAACUCAGUUGUGAUGUGUUUCAUUUCCACCUGCCUGUUCCUCCAUUCCUGCAGCCUGGAGCAGUGUUAGAGUUUGCCAUCCAGUAUAAGGUUUGUGGAGCUGAAUACUGGGACAACAACGAUGGAGAUAACUAUAAGUUAAUAUGUCAUAACUACAAGCAUUCGGUGCCCAAGGAAUGCGAGGACAGUAUGGUUCACUUUUUUUAGGAUGCUGGCACAAAAAAAACAUUAAGCACACUUAUUGAAAAUGUGUGACUUGUUUGUCAUUUUUGUAAAAUUGCAAUGCAAUCAAAUUUCCUAUUAUAACCCUAGCAGAAUAAACUCUUAAGAAGUUCACCCAAAGAGAAAUGAAUACACACUAACUUAAUUUGUAACUACAGCUUUCGGUUUUAAUUUUUAAAUGUUUUCAUCGUUCACUUAAAAAGGAAGCACCUUCAUGUCUGAAUGGAAAUAAAGCUCAGUAUAAAGUGUAAAUGAAAGCACCUAUGAGCAAUAUUAUUUAUGGUUUAACACUUGUUGUCAUGUUUGAAGAUAGCUGCGGUAGAAAAUAAAUGAAUAAAUGUAAAUAUUUUUUUCUGUAUAGAAAAACAUGUGCCACACAA